AUGUCGGAUUCUAAGAAGGCAGAUCGUGACCAGACAGCACAUCAGUUGAAUAUUCCAGCUGAUGAUGCCCAAAUCCUUGACCAGACAGGGCGGGAUUCUGCCAGUAGACGGAAACAAUCUUUUGAGCCACCACAAGUCAAAUUUCCCAGCCCGGGAGAAGAGACUAUCAUGGACAACGCCGGCAAAGAAUCAGCUGGCAAAAGGGAACAUGUUACUUCAAGCAUUGCUAGAGAAUAUCAGGGCGGCUCUUCUUAA